AUCAAGGCCGGGAAAGCGCGGGUCUUCGGGUACUGGACGCAGCGUCGCCCCACAGCCAGCCGGGGAAUAGUGUCAUGCUGCCCAAAGCCGAGGCAGAAUCCAUUGGCAUUGCACGAUCGCAUGGGGAACGGAUGCCCGAAACAAUGCACGCCACCCAGUUUAAGAUGAUGGAGUAUGCCUACGAUGAAGAUCUGGACGAGCUGUGCCCGGUCUGUGGUGACAAGGUCUCCGGAUAUCACUACGGGCUCCUCACCUGCGAAAGCUGCAAGGGUUUCUUCAAACGCACAGUUCAAAAUAACAAAAGGUACACGUGUAUAGAAAACCAGACCUGUCCGAUCGACAAAACCCAGAGGAAGAGAUGUCCCUAUUGCCGCUUUCAGAAAUGCCUCAAUGUCGGGAUGAAGUUAGAAGCUGUAAGAGCUGAUCGCAUGCGUGGAGGUCGAAACAAGUUCGGGCCAAUGUACAAGAGGGACAGGGCUCUGAAACAGCAGAAGAAAGCUCUGAUUAGAGCAAAUGGACUUAAGCUAGAAGCCAUGACUCAAGUGAUGCAAACAAUGCCGACAGACCUGACAAUAUCUUCUGCUAUCCAGAACAUCCAUUCAGCUUCUAAAGGCCUACCUCUAAACCACCCUGCCUUGCCUCCAGCAGACUAUGACCGAAGCCCAUUCGUCACAUCUCCAAUUAGUAUGGCGAUGCCAACUCAUGGCAGUCUGCAAGGCUAUCAGACCUAUAGUCCUUAUCCGAGUCGUACUAUCAAGUCAGAAUAUCCUGACCCUUAUACUAGCUCGCCAGAGUCUCUAAUGGGCUACUCUUAUAUGGACACCUAUCCAAACAGCUCUCCAUCUAGUAUCCCACAUCUUAUAGUGGAACUCUUGAAGUGUGAACCAGAUGAACCACAAGUGCAGGCGAAGAUCCUGGCCUACCUGCAGCAAGAACAGGCAAGCAGGGGAAAACAUGAAAAGCUCAACACGUUUGGGCUCAUGUGUAAGAUGGCAGAUCAAACCCUGUUCUCUAUUGUUGAAUGGGCCCGAAGCAGUAUAUUCUUCAGAGAACUUAAGGUUGACGACCAAAUGAAACUACUUCAGAACUGCUGGAGUGAGCUUUUAAUCUUGGAUCACAUUUACAGGCAAGUGGCACAUUGGAAAGAAGGCGCAAUCCUCCUUGUUACCGGGCAACAGGUGGAUUUCUCAGUGAUUGCCUCACAGGCCGGGAGCACUCUCAAUAAUCUCAUGAGUCAUGCUCAGGAGCUUGUGGUGAAACUUCGUUCAUUACAGCUCGACCAGCGAGAGUUUGUGUGCCUCAAGUUCCUGGUGCUCUUCAGUCUUGAUGUAAAAAACCUGGAAAACUACCACCUGGUUGAGAGUGUACAGGAACAAGUUAAUGCUGCACUGCUAGACUAUACGAUAUGCAACUAUCCUCAGCAAACAGACAAGUUCGGACAGCUUCUCCUGCGGUUACCUGAAAUUCGGGCCAUCAGCAUGCAGGCUGAAGAAUACCUCUACUACAAGCACCUGAAUGGAGAUGUACCCUGCAACAACCUUCUCAUUGAAAUGCUGCAUGCCAAGCGAGCCUAGACUACAUCUCCGGGGCCUUUGCAUCUUGGGCAGAAAUCCUAAGCUGCACCAAGCAACUAUAAUUUUAAAAGAGAGAAACCAGAAACAUUUCAGUGCACUAAGUGGAAAGGGGACAUUAUAAUGAGAUCUGUUCAUCAUAAGCCAAGUGUUCUAUCAGGGUAUUGCCAUGGAAUCUGAUAACUGUAAAUCCAGAACAACUCAACUGCACAUCCCCCAUCCGCAAAGGAAACCUCUGUGAGGCCUUUAAGGAAGCGCUUAUUCAUAUAAAGUUCACUUUGUCAAACCAAUCAAAUAAAUAACUCACAAUCACUUCUAAUUUCUUCAGCUAGAUCACUAAUUCUGGGAAAUUUUAAAAAAUAAGCUUGUGGUUUGGGCACUAAUGGCAAUACAUUUGGGGGCUCAAGUGCACUAAGAAACUCUGAGAUUUCAAAGCAUGUGGGAUAGGAAGCAAACCUGGUAUUAGUAAUGAGCUGCCAUAAUCUACUUGAUCCCUCCUCCUCCCCAAAGCAAUGUCCCCAGUGAUCGUCGGUGUGGCACCCGAUAGGGGAUCUGAAGGCUUGCCUGUAGGAUGGCUUCUUUCUCCAUUUGUUCACUUAGAUCACAAGAGCCCAUCAAUGUGUGAGGCCUGAAAAGGCUUCAAGGAACCAUCUGUCAAGUAAUUAGUUUGACAACCACCUUAACAUUAGGUUUUUUUUUGCCAAAGCGUGUACAUUAUUUGAAGACCAAAGCCUGCUGCAGAACAAUAAAAGGAGAGGGAAAAGUGAACUGUAACUUGAUCUGGGAUUUCAAGAGCUCAUCUCACAUUCACAACUCUUAAUACUUAGCAUAGUAGUAUUAAAUUUGUGAUGUCACAGUUAGGUAGAGCAUUGCCUUAUUUCUGUGAAUCUGAAUAUGCGAGAGAAUAUAAUUGAAGUAUUAAUACUGUAAAUUCUGCAAACAAAGGUGUUUACAUUUACUAGCUCCUGUGGGAAAGAACUGUGAUGACAUGAAUUGCAAAGCAAUGAUUUCCUUAAUUAUGUUUGAUUGGUAACUUUUUUACCAGUACUUAAUUUUUAUGUCGUGAGACACUAAAAUCAAAAAGGGAAUCUCACUAAGACUUUAAUUUGAACAGAUAGAUUUUCGGCCACAAUGAUGACUUGUAGAAUUGUAUAAUCGAUUAGAUUUUUUUCAGGAUUGUUGGCUUUGUUAUUGGAAUUGUACCGUUUAUAUUGUACAUCAAUAGUUUAUGCUGUAGAGAAUUAUGUUAAUAAUUUAUUUCUCCAUUGUUUCAUCUCUGUGGAAGAGAGCAAGAAUGACAAAGCCAAAUAACUGCAUAUUUGUUCAUUGUAGCACCUUUCAAAAAUUGCAGCUACAGCCAGUUCAGGGACAAACAUAUAUCUUAAAAAGAAUCAAGCAGUUCAUUUAAAUAUAUAUUAUAUAUAUUGUACGAAUCUGAUAAUAUAAAGAAAAGAUAAAUCCGUUGCAAAUGAUGUGAACUAUGGCUUCAUCUUUAGCUAAGCAGAAAGCUUUAAAGUUGAAAUCUUGCAUUAAAUAAUAAAUUGUCUUGUAAACUAUAUGUUCUAUACCAAAGACUGUAGUUAGCUUACGUUUUCUGUAUUCCGUGGUCUCACUGCAGUGCAGAAUGUAAAACCGUGAUACUUACUUCAAUGGACAUAAGCACUGAACUAGCUUUAUCUGCUACAUAACAGAGGGGUAGAUUUGUGUCUCCUCCCUGCACUCUUAGCUGCCUGGAAAUCCCUUUUAGGAAAUCCCUUUACUGAUGUCUUACAGAACAUUGUGAAGCUAAUUCUCUGUUGUGUUGUUUACAAUUAUUUUGGAGAGUAUUAAAUGGGUGUAUUACACAGAAUUCAAUCAGAACAGUUCUACCUUGGGAUUUCAAGGACUCUGCCGGGCCACUGGGUACCACUCAUUCUGCCCAAAACUGUACUUCACUGAAAUAGGCUGUGAUAAAUGAUUUAUCUGGCAAACCCUGGUAGUAAAUAUAAAAGGACGCAGAGAACACAAAAUAAUGUUGCUUUUACUGUUUUAUUAUUGUGCUAUUUUGUGUGAACAGACAUUCAGUCUAGUCAGUACUUUCUAUGUAUUGCUAAUGUUCUGCAGCUGCCUUGGAUUUCAGACCAUUCAACUCCUGCUCAGUGUGCAGAUACUUGGUUCAUUACUUUAAAUGUACUAUAUAAUACGUGGAAUGACGUACUGUCAUGUCACUUCUUGCCAA